AUGCGUAUUCCGUUUCCCUUCUGGAAGCUUGUUCAAAUUCCGCUUUCAUCAAGCAAGAGCUACACCCUGGUGCUUCAAGAUGAUCCCCGGGUGGUCGAAUAUGUGGUCAGAUAUUUACACUGGGGAGUGUCUUACGUGUACCACGCCAAGCAGCCAUCUAGCAACACAAUGCUCAAGAAGCGCAAACUGGCAACCGAAAGCCGCAUGGACACCCAAAGCAAGAACAUGGGCACUCAGUCGAAGAGUCCUGCGCCUGGUCGAGAUUUAUCCUUGGUCGCUAUCUACUUCUUUACUCGGCUCUAUGCACUGGCCAAGCGCCUCGAGGCCGAUGGUCUCAGGAGAGCCUGCAGAGAUGCUAUUGCGAGGGCACUCAGCGUUGACAUGGACAGAGCCUCACUGAUGCGCGCAAUCAAGGAAAUGUAUACUUGCUUUGAUGAGAGUGACCAGGUGCUGCAAGACACGGUUGUGUCAGUUGCCCUCAAGAACCUGCUUCGCUUGCCAGCGCACAAAGGCGAGGGAGGGCGUAAGUCGACCUUGAAGGAUGUUCUUGAUGCUACUGCCUCUUUCUGCCGUGAUCUGAGCAUAGAGUUGGUGAAAGCUACGCCGCAGCAUGAUGAAAAACGACGCCAUUGA